UCUCAUUACUUUUACUUAAGUCAGUAAGUACCUGCUCAAUCUCUCUGGGGUCACAGAUCGCCCACACUCCUCCACCUCGGGCAGAGACCUUUCCGACUUCCUUUCCCACAAGAUUUCUUCCAACUUUGCCGGGACCGAUACCAAUCCACCGUUUCACCCCGCGUUCCUGAUCAAGAUAUCGUAUGCUAUCCCACCACCUUACAGUCUCCACACACUGCCUUGAAAGGAGGUCUUUGAGAUCUUCUUUUGAACGGAAGGGAACUGCGGAUACGUUUGAAAUGCAGGGGAUCGAUGCCGAAAACUUUAUUUCCACAUGCUCAAGAGCCUUUCGCAUGUAGUCUGCUGCUGGUUUCAUAACUGGGCUGUGAAACGGGCUCUCGCUCCUUAAGCGGACAGCUCUCGGAUCAUGACCCGAAAACUGCCGAAGCUGUAUCAACAGAUGCUUAAUCCGCUCGAUGCUACCGCUGAGUACAAUUUGGUUUUUAGAGUUGACAUUUGCAAUUGAAACUUGUUGCAUUGGCGAUAGCUCGUAGUUGCCCUCGUCGUUUGACCACCGAGAGCCAUGGUCUAAGAAUUCCUGGAUUGUUGUAAUCAAGUCUGCCAACCGAUCAGGCUCACAGACGAGCGCCACCAUCCCAUAAGUUUCCCCGGUCAGUUUUCCUGCGUCAGCGGUGCAUUGAGCCAUCAUCUCUGCCCUGCGUCGAACCAUCUUGAGAGCUGGCCCAAAUCCUAUAUAACCCCCAGCCACCAAAGCAGCGUACUCUCCAAGGCUAUGGCCCAACGCAACAUCGAUCUGUGUGCUUGUAUCGAAGCCAAAAUGUUCCUGGAGAACGCGAAGGAUCAAUAUCGACGUCGCCAUGAUUGCAGGUUGAGAAUUCUCAGUCUUGUUUAGAAACGGCUUCACGGUGGAUGGGAAAGCGUCCAACCACGGGGUAGUCAUUCCCACUCGUUGAACGCCAUGGCCUAUCGAGAUUUAGCAUUGAUUAACGGAGGAUGGGCGGAGUGCAAACCAGGAAAAAAUAGUGCCGUGUGAAGAGACACUGAAAACCCAAUAGGGAAUCUAGAUUUGACCGCUGGAUCGGCCCAUGAUACAUGAUGACCAUAAACCGAAGGAGAGUGGCAUCGUGGGAGCUUGGUCUGGCUGCGAGUCGCUAGUCGAAAUGAACUAAAUAACGGGGACACCAUGAAUGAUGAGAUAUGUGAUAUGGAGGCUUGACCAUCUGGUUGACCAACAAAGAAUAUCUCAGGCAACAAGACUUUUGCGUUGGAAGGUUGCGCUGGAUUGUGAACUUUUAAACCCGAGCGAGUUGAUAUAGCGAGCAAGAGCGCGGCGGGGAAAACAUAUAUACAUAUGAUACAUACGAUACGCGUUGGUCAUACAAUGAUACCAGGAAAGAGUGCUUAUUUAAAUACUGUAUGGCACGAAAACGUUACCAUACCAUACUCUGUACAGCUCUGUACUUGUACCAAUGCUACCGGCUGCUCACUGGGGAUUGGAUUGUUCCAACCCCCGCGGCUUUUAAUAAACGGCUCUGGUUGGGAUUGAUUAUUUGACAACUAUCUCAUCGCCAUCACAGCAAUGCAGUGAGUAGUGUCGCGCCGUUGGCGAAUCCUUUGGGAUAAUGGAUGAGUCUCAACCAAAAGAGAUGACAAGUCGUGUCAGAGAUUCUGCAGAGCGUACAAUUGAUGCCACGAGUACCUCUCCUUCUACUAUGGUCGGACAUAGCCCUCUCAUUGAUCAAUGCUUGCAAUUUCUCUCGUCCGCUAACAAUGCCACUUUGGCUACUUUGGGUGGAGUCGUCUUUGCGACUAUAUAUUUCGUGUUCGGAAAACUUAGCCUGGUGCUAUUUGGGGCUGUCGCCGGUGCCGGGCUGCAUGCAUUAUGGGAGGACCACAAAGACUGUGGGGAUGGAUCGGUGAAUUCAAGGCCCUCGAAAAGGAAGCGGGAGUUGGCCAUCGAAGUGGCGAAUAGACUGCUGAGUUGGGAAGAAUCGAGGACUGGUGAUAAACCAAGCACAGGAGCGAGUGAUAUUGAUAUAUCAAUUCCCACGUUGGAUUAUUCCGGAUUCCAGCCCGCAACGGCAGCAGCUUUGCAUGCGUUGACUGAUGCCGUCAUUCGAGAUUACGUCCAAUGGUGGUAUGGGCCUCUACUAUCAUCAGAACAGACGUUUCCACAGUCCUGCCGUUUGAGCCUUUCACGUUUUAUUAUUUCCAUAUCCUCUCACCUCUCGCGGAAAAGACCGGCAGAUAUUUUCCUUCAUUUUGUCACCAAUGCAUCGUCUAUCAUUAUCGUAUUCUUAAACGAACUCUCAUCUGCCUUGGAAUCCACUUCCCACACCCCAAUCUCUACAGCAGAUGCAAUUUCAUCCUACCUGAAUGAAUACCCUGAAAGUAAUCUAGCGAAUGUUUUAUCAACAAGCCAACAGCAUGCGAAGCUCAGGCUCGUCGCGUCCGACGUCCUACAAACGUUUCUACAGCCCGGUUUGUACGAGUGUGAACCGGUUCGAAUCUUUCUUUGCGAAAUAUUAUCAGGUGUCAUCCUAGAAAGCAUAAUCGACAAUUGUUCAAAACCAGAAUGGAUCAAUGGCUGGAUUGUGCAUAUCCUGGAGGAAGGAGAGCCAGAAUUGAUGAAUGCAAUUGAUAUUGGGGUUGACAGAGCCCGACAGGAUCAGAUGGAGGCAUUCUCUGCCAACUCUCUGGCGGAUAGUAGCAAUAUAGCUGAACAUCCUAUAAACGAGCGGAUUGUCCCUGACAAUUCGCGAACAAGUCUGCAAAACGAACGAUUGACCAAGGCACAGAUUGAGAUGGAAGAGGCGGUUAGGGAAGCGAAGCGCCUUAGUGCGAUGAUUGAACUCGGUAGUACCCCAAGGAGUGAGGAACAACCGUCUGCGAUUGGGACUGAUAGCGACAUCGAUAUCGGCCUGGGAAGCUGCUCCUCUAAAACCCCUCACCCAGACGCAACUGCCUCCCCAAAUGAUGGCAAUUGGAAUAGUCAUGUCCCCGCAAGACCUAGCCCAUCAAGCAGCCCGAAUGAACUUGGGGAUUUACGAAACCCCACUGGGGAACUACGUUCGAGACAGGAAGAUUCUAUUCAGACGAUCCUUCUUGGUGCUUCCGUAUCGAUUUUCGAUGACAGUUUCCCCAGCAACAACGGGACAAUGCGUAUGAAACCCACAGAUGACUAUUUGCUACAAAUUGAACCCGCUAGCUCGCGUCAUCCAGGCUGGGUAAUUACGAGGAAGUACUCUGACUUCGAAGUUCUCCAUGAGGUUUUACGACGCAUUUCGGUUGUCUCUGGGGUAUCCGAUUUCGUAGAACAACACAAAGAACUGCCCACCUGGAAAGGUCAGCACCAGCCGGAUCUGCGGCAGAGCCUUGAACGCUACCUUCAGCAUGCCCUACGCUUUGAGCGGCUCGCUGGGUGCGAAGCUAUGAAACGGUUUUUAGAAAAAGAUCGAGGGAUUGCGACAUCAUCUCCGAAUGGGGCUGGGAAGACUGGAUUUUCGUUUCCGAGCCAGGCAGUGUUUGAAAAUAUGGGCAAAGGGGUACUAGAAGCCCUGAGUAAUGCUCCUAAAGGCGUAGCAGGGGGUGGAAAGGCUGUCCUCGAAGGCGUCACUGGGGUGUUUGGAACAGGAAGCGGCGUUAAGAAACGCUCAGUUGACUUGGGCUUCAGAGACAAGGUGGACUCGAAGUUAAGAAUGUCCUCUGACGAGUUCGUUAAUAAAAUUACAAUCAGUCAGGACGCUCGUAAGGCGCCAGGAGUGCAUUUCCCCUUACCUUCGGAUACGGAACAUUCCACCCCUCUUGACUCUGACUCGAAUGAAAAUGGGUUCGAGAAACCUGUGACUUGUAUGACGCACAAUCAGGAGGCAGAGCCAACUUUCAAAAGACCUGUCGUGGAUCAAUUAUCCCCUUCUCUUGCUACGGAACAGGCCGACGAGAAUCAACAAAAUGGACCCAUCGUGGGUGAAAAUCACCUUCAAGAAACCAAGACCGUAUCGUCCCCCUUAGCUGGACAAGCAAGCGACGUUGAGGGCAAUACGGCCGGCCACUCUGAAGUAGAUAUGGAAUCUUCGAAAUCUCAAAUUAAGCCUAGCUCAAACGAAGUGAGGGUUUUGCCUCUCUCAGAAGAAGAGACCGGUGUCGCAGUGGAGCUGUUGUUUGCUGUCAUCAACGAAUUAUAUUCGUUGUCUUCCGCUUGGGGAAUUAGAAAGAAAUUGUUGAAUGCGGCGAGGUCAUUCUUGCUUCGGCCCGGGAAUCCAAACAUUGAGGGCAUUCGCCGGCUCGUCCAGGAAUCAAUUAUUGAAUCUAAUGCCGCGGAUGAUGCUCUGGCGGCGCACAUCACUGCCAUACGCGAAAAUGCACUCCCAACCGAAGAUGAGCUUAAAUCGUGGCCUCCGCCACUGACUGAUGAUAAACAGGAGGAGCUCCGAAUAAAGGCCCGAAAAUUGCUAGUGACGAGAGGCAUGCCACAGGCUCUGACGAGCAUCAUGGGUAACGCUGCAACCACAGAGGCACUUGGGCGUGUUUUUGAUUCUCUUCAGGUAAAAUCUGUUGCUAGAGGAUUCAUUUUUGCUCUACUGCUUCAGGCAUUAAAGGCUAUGAUACAAUAGAUUGAAUGCUGCAUGCACUUAGAUAGUUUGGUUUUGAUUCACGAAUUUUCGACGGUUAGAAUUUUGGGAUUGCUGUGUAGAUAGAUAUACAUGAAUACCCUAAUCAGACAAGACAAAUUUGGCAGGCCAUCAUGGCCCUGCAGCGAGCUUCUCUAUCUCCUCUGGAAUUUUCGGGGCAGUUGUUAGGUUGUCAUAGCCGUUUUGUGUGACGACAACGUUGUCUUCAAGGCGCACGCCGCCUACACUCCAGUACUUUUCAAGCACGUUGGCAUCUAUAUACUUUCCCAACUCCGGAGACGCGAGAUAAGGGUCGAUGAUGAAACGGCAAAAGUAGAGCUAUCGAACAUAUAUUAGCUUUCAUUGAACCACUCACCA